GCUACGAACGGCAGCGAUUUGCGGCAUCCGGGAGGACGGUCAAAAUGGCUGACGGCGUUGAUAUUGAUUUGUACGCCGACGAUUUAGAGCAGGACUUUAAUCAGGACAACUACAAUGACCACGACCAGAAUGUGGACUUGUACGACGACGUCAUCGCUGCUCCAUCCAGCGACGGCAACUCGGAUGAGGUUGGCGGGAUGAUGGGACAGAACCAGGGAAACCACCACCUUCCUGCGAAGCGAGUGGGAAUCUACAUUGGGAAUUUGACCUGGUGGACCACCGACCAAGACGUCACCGACGCCAUCAGCGCCGUCGGAGUCAACGAUGUGUUAGACAUCAAGUUUUUUGAGAACAGAGCCAAUGGCCAGUCGAAGGGGUUUUGCAUUGUAACCCUUGGAUCGGACAGCUCUUUCCGAGCGGUCAUGGACAAGCUUCCAAAAAAAGAGCUUCAUGGCCAGAACCCCGUGGUGACCCCCUGCAGCCGACAGCACCUGAACCACUUUGAGAUGCAGAGCCGUAAGCCUACCCAGGCCUCGUCGCAGUCGCGCGAACAUGACGAGUUCUACCGUGGGGAGCGCCGCACCGAUCGCUACGUCGGCAAGUACGAGCGAAACUCCGGUGGCUACGAAGGCAAAGGAGGUCGUGACCGGGGCGACCCGUACCACAUGGGGGGCAACGACCGGGGGCCCCCGUCGGGGAGGCUGGGGCCCCGUGGCCCCUCGCCCCAGGGACGUUCGGAGAGGAGCCGCCACAACCCGUUCCCCGGCCAGGGGCGCAUGCCCCCCGUGGGGCCCCCCCUGAUGGGGCAGGGACCCCCGCCCCCGCAGUUCAACCCCGACUUUCCACCGCCGCCAAUGCGCAUUGGAGGACCCCCAGGCCCCCCGCCGGUCCAUCCCCCGGGACCGCCCCCUCCGCUCAGAGGUCCGCCCCCGCAAGGUGGACCCCCCGGGGCCCCGCCCCCGAUUUCACUCCAGGGACCUCCCCCACCCCAGGGUGCAAUGCCUCCACGCACUGGCCCACCCCCGGGACUGCUGCGCAUGCCCCCUCCCAGGGGACCUCCCCCUCCGCUGGGGGCCCCCAGAGGUCCAUCACUGAUGCCCGACCAUAGGGGACCGCCCCCCGUCACGUCGGACUGGGAGAGACCGCCCGGCAUGCACUCACUGCCGCCGGUGUCUCAGCCUCCUCCACACACCCCCGGAGGGGUGCCACCGGGUCCCGCACCCCCGGGCAUGCCACCAAACAGACUGCCACCACCCGUGGUGCCGGCCCCCAACGUUCCACCGCCUGCUCCGCACGUGAACCCGGCGUUCUUCCCGCAACACGCUGGCCUGCCCCCUCCCCCAACUUCGUCGCAGCCGUCUGACCCCUACGGACGGCCUCCCCCGGCGCCCUACACGCAGGACUACCGCGGACACACCAACGACAGCCUGCCCUAUUCGAUCGAUCCGAGGAAUAUGUUACCCGGAACCACGUCUAUGUCUUCCAGGUCCCGGGGUUACAGGCAAGAUUCCCUAAACCCUCCGAUCAACGAGGCAGAGUUUGAGGAGAUCAUGUCGCGGAACCGCACCGUGUCGAGCAGCGCCAUCGCUCGGGCAGUGGCAGACGCCAGCGCAGGCGAGUUUGCCAGUGCCAUCGAGACGCUGGUGACGGCCAUCUCACUCAUCAAGCAGUCCAAAGUUGCUAACGACGACCGCUGCAAGAUUCUGAUCAGUUCACUGCAGGACACCUUGCACGGGAUUGAGUCAAAAUCCUACAGUUCGAGGAGCAAGGAUCGACCUCGCUCGAGGGAGCGGGACAGGUCCCGAGAACGGUCGUCGCGCCGAGAGAAGUCCAGCCGCCGGGACCGGUCGCGCAGCAGAGAGCGCGACUACCGGGACCGCAGCCGAGAGAGGGACCGCUACCACGAGGACCGCUACCGGGACAAGGAGAGGGAGCACCGCAGCCGCCACUGAGCGCGGGCGGCGGCAAGAGCAUUCGAGACUCGUGGCUGGAACGUCAGCAGUGGAAGGAGCAUGACGGCUGCACUAUUUUGAUAUCCUUCUCAAGCCGUGUACCAAUCAGUGUGUGUUUGGGAACCGAGGCUGGAAAUGUACCCAUCGUGUCAUUAAAACAAAAAUGUCUGUGUUCAA